CUUUCUUUCUCUUUUUCCUAUUGCAAAAUCAUGAGUGAGGCAAGUACUUUGCGUAAACGUGCUCAAGGUUCCGAUGCUUCGCCGGAAGCCAAAGAGUCGCCUGAUCAGGUGCCUUCAGAGGAACUCGAUAAUUAUUCAUACGAAAUCACGGCACAGCAGCGAAAUGAGGUGACCAAGCGAAUUGAAACCGAGAUCCUAGAUAUUUUACAAUGGAAACGACCUCUACGUUCGGCGGCCAUCUUGAUAUCGAGUGUCGGAUUUCUGUUCUUAACCCGAACUUUCUCGGUACUGCGCAUGUUGACAGCAGCCUUGACAGUGAUUACGGCUGUCAACCUUGUCUAUGUGACAUGUUUUAUGGAAACUCAAAAAGUGUUUAGUGACAAGGAAACAGUUUCCCAUCCCUACGGUGGGCUUUUGGGUCAGCGACUGUUGAGUGGUUUUGACCGCAAGAAUAUCGUGCACGUCAGUACCAUUGCUGUUGAAUUGGCCGAAACCAUUGUUCGUGGUAUUACAAGAAUCGUGCUCGUGGAAGAUACCAUGUCCACCGUAAAGUGGUUGGUAAUUUUCUAUUGGACGUGGUGUUUAGCGGUCAAUGUGUCGAGUCGUAUCAUUGCUAUUAUCUUUAUUGUGUCAGCGUUCAUCUUUCCUCGUCUGUACAUCACCAACAAAGACCUGGUGGAAGCGCGAAUUCAGCAAGGUGAAACUCUGAUACGCGAAUCUGUCCACAGAACCCAGGCCGCGGCCACGGAAACCAUGAAUGAAGCUUAUGCCAAAGCCAAAGCUUACGUCGGUAAAGGAGACCAAAAGGAACAUGCCACGGCCGCCCGAUAAAAACGGCCUUUUUUGUUCCUUAUGCUUUCCAGGUUCUUGUCCACAUGCGUUCAUCAUUGAGAUUGAAAACUUGUGUCACCGUGGCAAAAAAAUCAGAACAGGUUCAUUAGGAAUGUGUCAGUUUGCUUCCUUUGUAAUAAAAAAAGAAAAACAAAAGUGAGGCUGACAUCCAAUAGCC